UUUUUAUAUACUAAUUAAUAUAUCUCUCGAUCCUACCUUGAACAUCCAAAGUUCAAACAAAAAUUAACAGAAACGUUUCUCCUCGUCUCUGCAAAAUCCACUUCUUGUUUUCUCCGCAGACAAACAUGGGCGAAGCCUCAAAGCUCCAUAUCUUCCUCUUCCCUUACAUGGCUCAUGGCCACAUGAUACCAACUCUUGACAUGGCCAAGCUCUUCUCCACCAAAGGAGCCAAAUCCACUAUUCUAACCACACCUCUCAACGCCAAGAUCCUCGAGAAACCCAUCAAAUCAUUCAACGAGGACAACCCUGGACUCGAAGACAUCACCAUCCACAUCCUCCAUUUCCCUUGCACAGAGCUAGGGUUGCCCCAAGGAUGCGAGAACACCGAUUUCUUCUUCUCUAAUCCUGACCUUAACACAGGUGACUUGAACCGCAAGUUUCUACUUUCAAUGGAAUAUUUCAAAGAGCAGUUAGAGCAGCUCCUCGAGACAGUGAGACCAGACUGUCUUGUCGCCAAUAUGUUCCUCCCUUGGGCAACUAAACUCGCUGAGAAGUUUGGUGUACCAAGACUUGUGUUCCACGGCACAGGCUACUUCUCUUUAUGUGCUUCUCAUUGCUUAAGGCUCCACAAGCCUUACAAGAACGUUGCUUCGAGUUCUGAGCCCUUUGUGAUUCCUGAACUCCCCGGAGAUAUUGUGAUCACAGAGGAACAGGUCAUAGAGAAAGAAGCAGAGUCUGUGAUGGGGAAGUUUAUGAAGGAACUGAGAGACUCAGAGAGAAGCAGCUUUGGUGUGUUGGUGAACAGCUUCCACGAGCUUGAACCUGCUUACUCCGAUUUUUACAAGAGUUCUGUGGCCCAAAGGGCAUGGAGUAUCGGUCCGCUUUCUCUAGGGAACAGAGAGUUCAAGGAGAAAGCAGAGAGGGGCAAAAAGGCUAGCAUCGAUGAGCAUGAAUGUUUGAAAUGGCUUGAUUCCAAGAGACGUGAAUCAGUGAUUUACUUGUCAUUUGGAACCAUGUUGAGCUUCAACAACGAGCAGCUCGUUGAGAUUGCAGCUGGCUUGGAUAUGUCAGGACAUGAUUUUAUAUGGGUGGUAAACAAAAGUGGCAGCCAAGGUGAUAAGGAAGAGUGGUUACCUGAGGGGUUCGAAGAGAAGAUGAAAGGAAGAGGAUUGAUAAUCCGUGGCUGGGCGCCACAAGUUGUAAUACUAGACCAUCAAGCAGUUGGAGGAUUUUUGACACAUUGCGGAUGGAACUCGCUUCUAGAAGGUGUAGCAUCAGGGCUACCAAUGGUGACAUGGCCCAUUGGAGCAGAGCAGUUCUACAACGAGAAGUUGGUAACACAAGUGUUGAAAACAGGAGUGAGUGUAGGAGUAAAGAAGAUGAUGAAACCUGAUGGAGAUUUCAUUACCAAAGAGAAAGUGGAGAAAGCUGUAAGGGAAGUGAUGGCUGGAGAAGAGAUGAGGAAACGGGCUAAGCAGUUAGCGGAUAUGGCGAAAGAUGCGGUGAGAGAAGGUGGAUCUUCAGAUAUUGAAGUGAACAGGUUGAUGGAAGAGCUUAAGUUGGUUAGGUUGCAAAAAGAAGAGGAAAAAAGAAGUUGAUCUUUUUUUUCUAUGUUAAGAAACAAAUGUUAUUGACAAACAAUAACGAUGUUGUUGGUUUGAGUUACUUUCUCGAAUCAGAACGAUUUAGUAUGUUGUUCUACUAUACUGUUUACUCUACGAUGUCACAUGUUUUACUUAGUUUGAAAGUACUCUCUUGACUCUUAUGUUAUGUGAAAAAGAAUAUUAGUAUCUGUGCAGUAAAAUUUAGAAUGAA